UUAAUGUUGACAUUUAAAAGCUGUUGAUAUUAAAUGAAUUUGGGUAGAGUUAGGAGAGAAGCAAUUGACAGAGAGGAAACGUAGAGAAGAGGAACUCCAUUCUCUUCUUCUCUCAUAUUAUCACAGAAUGGACGACGAACAUGACUUCUACUUCUGAUCAGAGGAUGUCACAACCUCAUGUCUCUUACUGCUGUGGCUCUUGUGGAUACCCUCUGAACUUGACAUCAUCCAAUCGAAUCACAUCUAACAUUGCAUCUGAAUACAAAAAGUCUGUUAAGAAAGGAUCAAUCUCAUUUUCUUCAGUUGAUCUCAGUCGUUUUACACAGGUUGAUAAAAUAAACUGUUUUCCAGUCUCCUGGUUGAAUCCUUCAAAGACUAAACUGCUUUGCCGUAAAUGCGGGGUUCAUAUUGGUUAUGGUUAUGGUAGAGAAUCACCUGCACUUUGUGGAUGUGAGCCUUCCAUUUCAUCUGACACUCUAAGAAAAUUCAGCAUAAAGAUUCGAUCAUUACAGCCUUCUUCAGAAGAGUCUUGAAAAGAUUGACAUGGGAGAUCUUUCUAAAAACGGUGUUACUUCCAUCAUGCACCUACCGGAUGAUUGCCUUACUAUUAUUUUCCAUGCUUUAGAUAAUCGUAUUGACCGUGAAUCAUUUGGCUUGACCUGCCGCCGAUGGCUCCAUAUUCAAGAUUUCAACCGCCGGUCACUGCAAUUUGAGUGUUCAUUCACUAUACUAAAUCCUUCCUCUUUAUCGACAAAGAGUCUUGAUGUUCACACUGUUCAUCUCCAUAGGUUGUUGAGACGCUUUCAACAUUUAGAAUCUUUAUCCCUAUGUGGUUGCAGGGAGCUCAAUGAUUCGGGAUUGACCCGUUUGCUAAGCUACGGUUCAAAUUUGCAAAAACUUAAUCUGGAUUGUUGUUUGAAAGUCACUGACUACGGGCUAUCUCUGGUUGCUUCCGGUUGCCCCUCAUUGACGACAAUUAGUCUCUAUCGAUGUCUCAACAUUACUGACAAAGGAUUAGAGACUUUAGCCACUGCUUGCCAAUCUUUGAAAUAUGUAAACCUCUCAUAUUGCUCACAUAUAUCUGACAAUGGGUUGAAAGCUAUUGCUCAGCGGUGUUGCCAGCUUCAGGCUGUUAACAUAUCACACUGUGAGAGUAUAAACGGUGUUGGCUUCAAAGGGUGUUCGAAAUCUCUCGCACAUGUAGAAGCCGAGUCUUGUAAGCUUACGCCAGAAGGGGUAAUGGGAAUUGUUAGUGGUGGCGGAAUAGAGUAUCUAGAUGUAUCUUGUUUAAGUUGGUCUCCUUUGGGAGAUCCCUUGCACGGAAUUGGAUUUUCUUCGAGCCUCAAAAUCCUAAACUUUCGAAUGUGCAGAACUGUUUCUGAUACUUCUAUUGCAGCAAUUGCCAAGGGAUGUCCAUUACUCAAAGAAUGGAACUUAGCAUUAUGUCAUGAGGUGAGGAUAUCUGGAUGGCAGGCUGUGGGGUUAUAUUGCCAGAAUUUGAAGCGACUGCAUGUUAAUCGAUGCCGCAAUCUCAACGAUAAUGGCUUGCAGGCGCUGCGAGACGGUUGCAGAAGUCUCUCCAUUUUGUACUUGAAUGGCUGUGUUCGUGUGACACCGUUUGCAUUAGAGUUAUUCAAGUCUCACAGAGCCAAUGUUUGCAUAAAGGAAGAAGAGGUAAUGUGCAUAAAGCCUUACUACUCCCCAUUCAGAUGAUACUGGCUGAUACAGAAUUAUCAUCCAUCAAAACAUUAAAUAAAUGUAUUCUCUUUCUAGGAAAAAGGUCUACAUACAGCUGAUUCUUUAUCAGUUGUUUGAAAAGAUCUUUAUUUGUAUAAAAUGUAUUUUAAGACACGUGGUUGCUUCUAGUUAUACAUUUUAUAGAUGCUCCCUGCUACAUAUAAUAAUUCUGGGAUUGGAUUGGAUGGUGCAGGGAUCUCAAUACAUACUGUUACUUUAAGAAAGCUAAUAUUGGAACAAAGUUCACGGCUUAAUAAUAAUAUAUAUAAAAUAAAAUUGUUUAA